UCUCGGCGGGCUCCACUGCUUUAACGCCGCGUCUGUUUGCGUAAUUUUUUAUUAUUGUUAUUAUUAUUUGGUUUGUUUCCUUAAGCAAAAAAAAGUACUUUAAAAUUAAUAAAUCGCGUUAUUUAAAUUUCAAAUUUCGUUUUUCCGUUACACCGUUUUGUCACAGUAAACUUCGUUUGGUGUUGUGCAUUUAGCUCGCGUGUUUAGAACGGGGAAAAAAAACUUGAAAUUUAAACGACACGGAACUCGGAUCAGACAGCACAACACAGGCGGACACGAUCCCUUUGGGUCUCUACACAGUGUUAUUGAACCAACACCACGUUAAUAUCCGUCAGUUAAAGUGCGUGUAACAACAACAACAACAGUAUUGUUCUGAUAAUAUUGUAUCAACAUCAUCUCUUCGACGGGUUUGAUCUGCAGGCAAUGAAGCUAUGUUUCAAUGUUCAUCUAAUAGCCCGGCGGCCGCACACAACUCUCUCGAUGCCCAAAACGUGUACCAUCGACGUUACCAUCACGACCGAUUAGUGUACGUGCCUUCGGCCAAACCUAACAUGUUCGGGCUAAGCCACCAGUAUCCUGCACCACCCCCGCCAGCUCCACCGCCAACUACUGUCCCUUCGUCGGCGGUCGCACACUCCUGGCAAAAUCCGUCAGUAGGUCAUCACCAGAGCACCCAUUCGUCCACGGCAGUGGCCACUGGGUCACCGGUCAACGGUAAUCACCAACAAAACAUCACCUCCAGCGGCGUGUCUUCGGCCAGCACACCGUUCUACCAGAGCGCAGCCAUGAUGUGGCCCAACCCGGCAUUUCAAACUCAUCAUUAUGAUACAGGCAUGGACUUGCAAUUCGGAGACGGCCGAGAAUGCGUCAACUGCGGUGCCAUAUCAACGCCUUUGUGGCGCCGCGACGGUACCGGACACUAUUUGUGUAACGCUUGUGGGCUAUACCACAAGAUGAACGGCAUGAACAGGCCUUUAGUAAAGCCCGCCAAGCGUCUGGUAGCGUUCGAGACUGCAUCCAGUAGACGUCUGGGCUUGUCGUGCACCAACUGUGGAACCCGAAUGACUACGCUUUGGAGGAGAAACAACGACGGCGAGCCAGUUUGCAACGCCUGUGGUCUGUACUACAAGUUACACGGCGUAAACAGACCGCUUACAAUGAGAAAAGACGGUAUACAAACCCGGAAACGGAAACCAAAAAAGCAGUCGUCUUCUUCCUCUUCGUCCACGGCUAACUCCUCCAACGUGGAAAGACCUAUGGACGCCAUUGAGUUAUUGAUCAACAAGCAUCCAAUGCCUAUUUCCGAAGUCAAAUCUGAACACUACGAUUCCGCGACGGCGGCGGCUGCUGCAGCAGCAGCGGCAGUUGCUGCAGAACAUUUUAUAUUCACCGGAUCGUCCGGAGGUCACCAUCAUCCCCAAUUGGGUGGUUUCAGUUUUCCGCCCCCACAGGCUACCGUUAGUGCGCACAAUUACCAACAUCUGCUAAACGGCCACGUCAACAACAAGCUGAUGGCGUCCUAAACAUAUCCAAGCUAAUUGAGCCAAUGAUAUAUGUAUAGGCAAACUGAUAUUUUUUAUUGCUAAUUUAAUUUGAUCUAUAUUAUAUUUAAAUGUUAUUUGUAUGCCUAUUAUUUAUAAAUAUUAUUUUAUACAUUUUGUAUAUAGUCUAUGAUAUAUUAUCUGAAAUGACGAAACGCAAAAAACUAAAUUUAUAAAUAAUCAUUAAGUAAAAAGCGUAUUCAAGGAUAAGACACGGAUUUUUUCGGACUUGUUUUGUGCUUAUUCUUUCUCCUAUUAGUUUUGGUUAAUAACUUAACCCAAAAUGUUUUCAAACUACAUAAUUUUCCAAUGACAAUUAUUAUAUAAUGUUGAACUGGUAUUAUCUAUACACAUCAUCUUCACUUGUGAACACAUUUUAAGCAAGUUCUAUACUUAUAAUAGUUAUUGUAGUAAAGUCUUGCAAUUUUUGGGCAGUUUUUUUAUGAUAUCUCAUUUGACUUUUCGUACAACAUAGCACUGUCCUAGUUAAAUGCUAAUUAAAAUUGUGGGACAAGAUUUUUUAUUUACACACAAAAGUGCAGUCUACUGUCUAGUCAUAAAGUAGAAAUAUUUAUACCGAUUUGAUUUGAUUUUCCAUUUGUAUAAUAUUUUAUUUCGUUAUUUAACGGUACUUGUGCAUAUUAUUAUAAUAUUAUAAAAAUAUGAAUAAUUUUAUAUAUUUAUUAGAACUAAAUUACAAAUAGUUUAUUUUUGUACACCCUCCAUCCUCUUACUGGCUCUCUCAUUAAAAAUUGUGUAAUAAUAAUUUAAUAAAUGUAUAGUGAUAAACGCAUUGUAAAUUGGCCAACAUUCUGCAACAUUUAUAAAACCUAUAUGAUAUUAUA